CCGCAUCCGCGUUCUUCUCUCUGUUCUCCCAAUCGGAAGCGCUCUUGAUCGCUUUCUUUUCCCCCAAUUUCUUGAUCUGUUCCCCUUUUUUUGGGGGGGCUGAUUUGGAGGAGGGGAGUUUCGGAUUAAGGCUUGUUGGAUCUCCUGCCAAGGUUUCUGUGCUCUGCGAGCAUCGACCAUGCCUACGGUGCGCGGAGAGUUCCUCCGCCGGCUUGCAACCUUGAUCCCCUCAGCUACCUCCUUCCAUGGCGGUUCUUCCUUUCAUCGCCUGAAAAAUCUCGAGAAGUGGAGUCGGCGUGGUAAUUUGAGUCAGCAAUAGCUUCUAGGAAUGGCGGUACGGUUCCUCUAGGGUUUCCUUUCCCCUUUUCCUCUCUGUAUUCUUCUCCAACGUCUAGAAAUCUCUGGAUCGAUUUCGGUAUUAGAUCUUGGUGGUGAGAUUUGAGUCCGAGGAGUGUUUGGUUUGGAGCUGGUUUCUUUCUUCGGCUGCUGGGAGGAGAGUGCGAAGUUUGGCUUGAGUUCUCAUUACAGUAGCACCUGGAUGGACAGUUCCACUCCUUGCACUAGCGUGGUUGCUGGAAAUAUUGGUUGUGAGACAUAUGCAUAUAGCCUUAGCUGUGAGAAAUCACAUGUAGAACAUAAAGAGUGUAAAUGUUGCAAUUUGAAAGAAACUGCUAAGAUCACACAUCAGGUGAUUCUCGACAUUUCUUCUGUUAGUGAGGAAGAUCAUUCUGUAGUGCAAGAAGCUGCCUUUGCUCCCAGUGCAUUCCUGCAUGUUACAAAUCUUGAUGGAGGAAUCUCUGGCCUUAAUGCAACUUCUGAUCAAGAUGAAGCAUUCGAUUCAAAGGAAAUCAAAACCUGCCAAGAGUCCUGCCAUUCUGUUUCCUUUGAUGCAAACAAACACAAAAGCUUGAGCAAAUGUGCAACAUUUCCUUUCACGUCGGACUUACCAUUGGAUACUUUGUCAAUCAAGGAAACUAACGAGGAAUCGAGCAUACAAGUACAAGGCCUACGUUCUUCCACAUUUGCGAGUUCUGCUUAUGCACGUUCAAUGUCUCUGCCCAGUUCUUUGAAUCUUGUUUCUGCCAUGAAGGGGCGCCGUGCACAAAAUGGGAUAUCCCCAACUACGAGGCUGCAUGUGAAAUGGGCACCCGAGGUAUACGAUCCUCCUGCCACAUCCAUGUCGCACACAUUGAAGAAGAGCCAUCAACAACGUCCCAAGGCCAAAAAAAAGAACCACAAGAACAAGCACAAGGGCAAGCCCUCUCGUGGAAGUGGUACUGAAAGGAAACAUGCAAAUCGCAGCAGUACUAGCCCUGUAUCUGAACCUUCGGAUAGGAGGUUACCAGCUGCUGGAGAUAGGUCAUUGUUGGGUGGAUAUAGAAAAACAAAUGCGGAAGUCUUAGAGUAUGCAGCUAGCACUCGUGAAUCUAAGUGCGGAAGCAGCUUCCUGAGGGAGGCAAUUGCUGAAGUGCAUCUCUCCACAGCUGAGGCCUCUUGAAUGGACCUAAUUUUGGCAACGUGGACGAACUAUCAUCUUGUUGAUUGUAGAUAAAUAACGCACGAUAAAAAUGGUUUGUGUACCUGAUAGUUUGUCACCAUCAGGAGAACUUAAUUGUCUGGAAGGUUAUUAGUGGGCUGAAGACAAUAAAGCUACAGUGGUGGUUCAUGUUUUUAAAUUUAGACACUGAACAAUGCAGUGGUGUUUUCGGGUGUUUGGUAGAUGAUGGAUUUUUGUUAAGCUGGAGGCCUGGCAGUUUAGGGCCUUUUAGUUACUACCUGUCA